UAUUCGCAUUCGGUUUUUUGCGCGUUGUUGCAGCAGAAGAAGAAAAGAAAAAAGCAGAACAGAACAAGAUUUUCAUUUUCCGAUUUUUUCAUUUGUGAGCAUGUUUUAAGAAUUUAUUAAUUUAGAUAAUAAAAUAAACAUAAAAUAACUAUUACAUUAAAACUCUAUAAAAAUAUAAUUUUUUGAAAAUGUCGAAGAAAAUGUCUCGUUAUCCCAGUGAUCGUAAAGUUUAUAUUGGCGAUCUGGGAAAUAGUGCUCGAAAGAAUGAAUUGGAAUAUGCAUUUGGUGCGUACGGUCCAUUGCGUAGUGUUUGGAUUGCACGCUCUCCACCAGGAUUUGCAUUUGUAGAAUUUGAAGAUGCACGUGAUGCGGCCGAUGCCGUAAAGGGUUUAGAUGGUCGUACUAUAUGUGGCCGCAGAGCUCGUGUAGAAUUGUCUACCGGCAAGAGCACAAAAACUGGUGGCGGCCGUAGUGGUGGUGGAGGUGACCGUAGAGGUGGUGGUGACCGUUACGGUGGCAGUGGCGGCAGAGGUAUUGGUGGCGGUAGAAAUGGAGGAGGUGGUGGCGGUGCUGGUGGAGGCGGUGGUGAUAGCAAGUGUUAUGACUGUGGAGACCGGGGACACUAUGCACGUGAUUGUCAUCGUCAUGGUCGUAGCAGAAGGCGUCAUACACGCAGUCGUUCACGUAGUGCAUCGCGAGGUCGCAACAGGUCUCACUCACGAUCAGCAUCAAGAUCCCAUAGUCGUUCUGUGUCUGCAACUAGAGAAACAUCACGCAAAGCUAGAGAAACUUACGGUCGUACUAGAGAAAAUGGACGUGGUGAAAAUGGUGAUUCUUAUCGAUACAGUGAUGAUGAACGUAACGGAGGAGCUGGCGCCGCUGCUGUAGAUUCACCAUCGCCUAAGCGACGUUACGAAGAUGAUUCACCAUCACCGAAACGAAGCACUCAUUCAAAACGUAGUCGCACAGAAUCUCGUAGACAUGGCGGAGGCGGUGGUUCUUCAAUUUCUCGUUCGCGCUCAAACUCACAUAGAGAUUAGCAAUUACUGAGCAAAAAUCAAUUAGCAGCUUAUAUAAAGUAAAAAUUUUAUAAAAUCCCAAAAAGAGUACAUUUUUCGAUUUUCAAAUUUUUACUUAUUUAAGGUUAUAAAUAAUACAUAUUAUAUUAAACAUAAACAGCUGCUAAAGAAUAAAAGAACCUAGAAUAUAGAUGUUACACUACUAAACAUUUUUUAGAAAAAAAAAAAAAACACAAAAAACAAAAACAAGAAGAAAAGAAACAUUUUUUGAAAUACACUGUAUAGAAGUGUUGAAACUUUUAUGCCAGUAUUUAGUGAAAAGACUUUAAAUUUGCAAAAUAACAUUUUUUAUUUUAUUUUAAUGAGUUUUCUUUUAUAAGUUUAUUCCUUAUUUAUAUAUACUAUAUAUUUUAAAUUAUGUAUUUUCGGACAAAGCUGCUUUUAUUAGUUUUAUUUAUUUAAAGCAAACACCAACUAGAAUAGCAGCAGCCAAAAACUAAGUCAUACAUUAAAGUCAUUAACCAACAAACAAAAAAUAAUAAUCUUCAAAUCUUAUAAUUUUUACUUGAAUCAUUUUACUUCUGCCAUAUUUAGUCAUCUAUUCUUGAAAUUUAGUUUAAAAUUUAGAAGACUAAAUAUAAAGUCGAACUUCCUACUUUUACCACUUCCAUGUAAGCAAAAAUCAAUAUUUAACUAUUCAUGAUUUGAAUCGUAUUGUAUUAUAAAACAUUAUAUAUAAAAAACUAAAUGAAUUUGUAUUUCCAAAUAUAUACUUCAAAAUAUUAUAAAACAUAUACAACAUUCAUCAUCCAUGAUAUACAUACAUGUUUUUACACAUCCUUACACAUGCUAUGUUGAUUGAUUGAACGAAAGCAAAUAAAUUGUAAUUAUAACAAUAUAAAUUAUAUUUCAUAUACUUUUUUAUUUUUCUUUAAAAUUAAGUCCCUCUUUUAAGUAUGAAAAUUUAAGAAAAAUAAAAUCACCUUAAGAAUUAAUAGAAAUAAACAGUUAAAUCAACCCAUACACUUCCUAAUAAAAUGUCAUUUUGAUUUGUACCAUUAAGCAUAAUUUUUGAUCAAUAAAUGAUAAAGAGUAAAAUCCA